UGUAUUCCCCGACAGGACGUGAACGCAGCAUCUGUCCAGGGGCGGGUAGUUGCUAACCGAGCAGCAGUAUGGCGGCGGACGAUGGAGACAGUUCGAGCGGACCAGUUGACACCAGCGGCGGCUCUGGAAGCUCCGGUACCGGCGGGCAGCAGGGAGCAGCGGACGAGCCGUCGGACGGACUCGGCCUCGGAGCGAUGUUGCUGAACCUCGCCCUCCUGGCCGUGGUGGUGGCGGUGUGUGUGUUGCUGUACCGGCGCUGGGGCAGAAAGCUCGUCUCCGCUGCGGCCCACCAGGACGAGGCCUCGGCGCUGCCCAAGAUGAGGAGACGGGACUUCGGCCUGGAGCAGCUGCGGGAGUACGACGGGCUCAGCAACCCGCGCAUCCUCAUGGCCGUCAACAUGAAAGUUUUCGACGUGACCAGCGGGAGAAAGUUUUACGGGAAAGAUGGUCCUUAUGGCAUUUUCGCGGGCCGGGAUGCCUCGAGAGGCCUGGCCACCUUCUGCCUGGAGAAAGACGCCCUGAGGGACGAGUACGACGAUUUGUCAGACCUCAAUGCUGUACAGAUGGAGAGCGUGAGGGAGUGGGAGAUGCAGUUCAUGGAAAAAUACGAUUACGUCGGGAGGUUGCUGAAGCCCGGAGACGAGCCGUCGGAGUACACGGACGAGGAGGACAUCAAGGACCACCUGAAGCACGACUGAGCGGUUCCAUCACACCGACCAAAGCCAGGAGCCCCCAAACAGCUGCGACAGACCGCCCCCCCCCCGAGCCCUCCAGACGUCCUCUUCCUCUUCCUCCUCUUCCUCCUCCUGCCCCAUCGAUCUACCUGCCACUCCUUUCUCCUGCCCCCCACUCCCCAAAACUUUCUGAAUCUGUCCGGUGCCGCGGCUGUUCUGGACGGGCAGGACUCAACGCCCAGACCUCCCUCCCUCUCCAUCCUGCGAAGACGAACACCAACAGAAAGAAGCGAUUGAAAAACCUUCGCUUUUUUAAAUGGCAGAAAACAUGUCUGGGGGGGCGGAGGAGAGAACGAGAGAAGAGAGGCCAUUAGAUGUAUUUGAAACAAAACCACAAAAUAUUUUAGUCAUUUCUCCACGGGGUGGGGGGGGACGCGUGGUCACGAUGGUCGCCGCUGAGAAAUGGUUGAAGAUGAUCAGUGGAUCGGGACGGGGAAACAUCUCUUUUUAUCUUUGGUUUAAGUCACAUGAUCGCACCGGAAACUGCUUCAGCUUCGGACAGCUUAUCAAUCAAUCUCUUUUCUUUUUUGUUUGAAUAAAAUAAUCCUCCCCCCCUACACCCCUGUUGAGAGGUCAGCGCCGCGGCCUAAGAUCCAGCGCUGUGGAAAUUGGCGGGGCGUCGCAUUUUCCUGUUGUGUUUGUAGUGUAUGCACUACUAGUUUUCUUUGUUUGUCACCAUGUGAUUGUAUUUGUUGAGUAGCAUAGAGGGAGGGAGGUUUUUUUCUGGAUGGGGGUUUGGGGGGGGGGUUAAAGGUCUUUGCCAUAUGAAUCCUGUUUUGAAUCACAUCAGACGGACUGAAUCACUGAUCGGGAAUACAAAGGGAAGGUGAUAAAAGGCAGUCCUAAUCAAUCGACUCAAUUGUUUACAUGCCUCACAAGCCAGCUGCAAGUCUGUAGAUUCCCCUGAAAAUGGUCCAAGUAUUAAUUGUGCCUUAUUUUGUUUGUUGUGUCAGUCCUGACCGUUCUAACAGAGGAGGCGAGCGGAGGGAUGGAGGCGUCGUUUUUUUUCUCCCUAGACUCGGUCCCCCCAGACUUUAACGAAGGCAUACAUUCUGUCAGUCGUCCACGAACAGACUGUAAUAUCUCCCCACUUCACGAACUUUGUAAAUAGACCGUAUGAAUUACUCAGUGUUACUGCCAUAUUUAUGUAGUUGAUGAACUCCAGAUAUGUAUAAUGCUAUGUCGUAUUGGCCAAAACCCCCAUGGUUUGUCUUCUUUUUUUUGGUUCUUUUUAAACGUGGGUGAAUUCCCCCCCCACCCCACCACCACCUCCCCACCCCAAUAAAACAACAAAAAAAAGGAGCGUUGCAAAAAGUGCUGCAGGGCGGGACCGGGAGCUGUUCUUGCGAAUUUUGUUCGGAGACGUUGCUUAUCCUGUAAAUAUAUCUAUCAUUUUAUUAAAGCAUGUGCAACAACAAAGUGAGCUAUGCCGAAUUCCCACCACGUCAUGUAUUUAAAUGUUGGGUGUGUGUGUGUGCGUGUCUGCGUGACAGAGGCAGGAAGGGAUUUGUUCAUGCAUAAUAAAUCGAUUUGGUUAAUAAUUGAA